AUGACUUCAAUACGUUCCUCUGUUGGUUUACGUUAUGGUCAUAUUAUCGAACACUUUAUCCUUCUUUCGGCCUGGCUUUCCGUCUACCUGGAUGCCGUCUGUUUGGCUUCUCUUGGUCUUCCGUCUUCCACCACCACGUCUACGACUAGCGUAGACCCUUGGUUUGAGACAUGCGCCAAUCUACUAUUUUCCAGUCUGCUUAGCGAUCGAAUGCCUACUGUCCCCCAGUUGCCAGCCAGCAUGAUUGGUCUUCUCGUGCUGGCGGCGCAUCGCUGCCUAGUCCGCGCCCCCAUCUCUGCUCACGACGAUAUCAACCACCGAGUCAGCAUGGUUUGUCUGGGGUUGAUCGCUCGUCUGGCUAUAGCACCGGGCCAUUGGUGA